GUAUCGUAUCGAUCCCUGUGACGUUUGAAGGAUUCAUGUGGACUUGUUGGUUGUCCAUUAAAAUCCAUUUGAAAAGUAAUCGAAAAAUGAAAGGAGAUUACGCAUUUAUAAUUUGUACUUUAUUCGCGAUUUUCUUUAAGUUCACACAGUGUAAUAGUGUAAACAAGUAUGCGUUACUAAUGCCAAAUGUUAGACCAAACAAGGAAGAAUUAUAUUUAUGUACUCCAGUUAAAGUGGAUCCCUCCCAAAAUUACUAUUUAACUGGUUUUGAACCAAAUGCAACAAUGGCAAGUGCCCAUCACAUAAUUUUAUAUGGUUGUGGUAAACCUGGCAGUUCAAAAUCCAUAUGGAAUUGUGGUGAAAUGGGACAUCGUACGAAUGACAAAGAAGAGACAAUGGUUCCUUGCGCAAAAGAGUCACAGAUAUUGUAUGCUUGGGCUCGAGAUGCACCAACUUUAAUUUUACCUGAAGGAGUGGGUUUUAAGGUUGGUGGAGAUUCUCCAAUAAAAUAUUUAGUUCUACAAGUUCACUAUGCUCACAUUGAUCAGUUUAAAGAUGGUAGAACCGAUGAUUCGGGUGUAUUCUUGCAUUAUACUUUACGUCCAUUGAAUAAAUUAGCCGGAGUUCUUUUAUUGGGAACAUCUGGUGCUAUACCACCUAGAAGUACAACAUAUAUGGAAACAGCUUGUACGAUAAAAGAGAACAAAACUAUCCACCCUAUAGCAUAUAGAACUCAUACACAUUCACUUGGGAAAGUAGUAUCUGGAUAUUUGAUAAAACCAGAUUAUACCUGGACAGAAUUAGGCAAAAGAGAUCCUCUGACACCUCAAAUGUUUUAUCCUGUACAUAAUAAGGUUUCAGCUGAACAAGGAGAUCAAAUAGCGGCUCGUUGUACUAUGCAUAGUACACGAGAUAUUUGGACCUAUAUAGGUAGUACUAAAGCAGAUGAAAUGUGUAAUUUCUAUUUAAUGUAUUAUGUUGAAAACGAUGAACCAUUAUCCAUGAAGUAUUGUUUUUCCAAUGGUCCUCCUGUUUAUUAUUGGAAAGAUGCUGGACUUUUUAACAUUCCUGAUAUAGAAGCAUCCAGUUUAUAAAGUCAUGUUAAUUACAGACAUUCAGGAUCGAAACUGAUACGGAUUUGAGGUUGUUGAUAAUGAAACAGAGUUUAUGGAAGGAUUUUGUCUAUUUGUUGUAGAAUAGCGCUCAUUUCUUCCAUGUUAGAUAAUAAUUAUUGUUCCUCUUUACAGUCUAAUAUAUAUUUUUAUUUAAUUUAAAUUUAGUUUUAUUAAAGAUACUUUACAUCCGAAGAAUUGUAUUUAGCUAGCUUUAAUUAUACUGUGUAUGUAUCAAAGUGGGGUAAUUGUACCAUGUGAAAACUAAUUUUAAACAGGUUGUAUAUCAUACUAGGCCUAAAAAUAGUAUGUAAUCUUAUUGUUCUUCUCAUUUGUUAAAUUUCGAUUGGGAUUAAUCGUUCACGCACAGAUAAUGCAUUUUGUAUAUGUAUGCGCGUAGUUAAUCCUAUUUUUUGUAUGUUCUUCUGAGCUGGUGGAAAAUUAUUUAUUUGUCUCUAAUUUAUUUUGCAAAACUUAAAAGAAUUUUCUGUUGUGUAUUUAGUUUAUUUUAAUUGUGUUUGUACAUAGAAUUAGCCUGUGGUACUUAAAUAGCAUUUUUUUUAUUAUUCAUUCCAAAAAAGAAAUUAUUAAAAAAAUUUCAACCGUUAUUUCUGUGACACUUACUAUUAAUGAGAUGCGCAUUAAUAUAAGAUGGAACAGUUACUGUUGAAUUGUAUACUGACAUAAGUUAUUAUAACUAAUAAUAAUUUUUUAAACUGAACAGUAUUUUCGAAGUGUACGCAAGAGAAUAUUUUUAAACUUAAACGACUGAAAGUAAAACAUAAUCAUGACGUACCUUGACGCGAUUUUACUCUACGUACCGAUAAGUGUAACAAAUAUAAAUUAUUUUCCAAGUUGUGCAGAGAAGGCGCGAAUGAGUUUCUAUGAAUUUAAUAUUAUACUUAUUCCCUAAUAAAUCAUGCUUAUAUUGAAAA